AAACCCUUAUUAGGGCUUCCGUACUCAGCUCUUCAAAUAUAUAUUCAGCCAUAAGCAGGCUGAAUCCUCUGCCAAUUGAUAUUGAUUUCGCCAUAGCUGUUGUUCUACGCUACCUUCGGUGUUUUCUCUCUAGACGAUCUGAGCAGAUCAGAAAUGGCAUUGCCGAAUCAGCAGACUGUGGAUUACCCAAGCUUCAAGCUUGUAAUUGUUGGCGACGGUGGAACUGGGAAAACCACGUUUGUGAAAAGGCAUUUGACGGGAGAAUUUGAAAAGAAAUAUGAGCCUACAAUUGGUGUGGAAGUUCACCCAUUGGAUUUCUUCACUAACUGUGGGAAAAUCAGAUUUUAUUGUUGGGAUACAGCAGGGCAGGAGAAAUUUGGUGGCCUGCGCGAUGGAUACUAUAUCCAUGGACAAUGUGCCAUCAUUAUGUUUGAUGUCACAGCUCGCCUGACGUACAAGAAUGUCCCAACAUGGCAUCGUGAUCUUUGCCGGGUUUGCGAGAAUAUACCUAUUGUCCUCUGUGGAAACAAGGUUGAUGUAAAGAAUAGGCAGGUGAAGGCGAAGCAGGUUACCUUCCACCGGAAGAAGAAUUUGCAGUACUAUGAAAUAUCUGCGAAGAGUAACUACAACUUCGAGAAGCCUUUCCUUUAUCUUGCUAGGAAGCUUGCUGGUGACCCGAAUCUGCACUUUGUCGAGUCGCCGGCUCUUGCUCCACCUGAAGUUCAAAUUGAUAUGGCUGCGCAGCAACAGCACGAGGCGGAGCUGGCUGCAGCGGCGAGCCAGCCUCUUCCGGAUGACGACGACGAGUCCUUUGAUUAAGAGAGGAUUGUUGGUGUGGUGAUGAUGCAUCAGGCCGUUUUCUCGUUUUGUUGGUUUAUUUUGGUGUUUGGUUGGCGAUGAUGAUGCUGAUGGUGUUAGGCCCAAUUUUCUUGAGUGUGUGUUUGUCUAUGGGGAUUUUAUUCGGAUUUGUUUCAAAGUGUGGUGGAUGAUGAUGAAUGAAGACUGCUGGUCUUGUUAUAUCUUUUGAUGAUGAAUGGAACAAGCUACAACUUUUACUGUUC